CCUAAUUCCAAGCCUGUUUCAGUAUUUGCUAUAUAAGCAUCUUUUCCAUGCAACCUGAACAGAAGAUCUCUUCUACAAGCAUUCAUGAUGGUAUCACUGCGAUUUGCCACAAUAUUACUGUUAGCUCUGUUGGCAGUAUCGGUGACAGCGUCUGAUUGGUGGGACAAUGACUGGGAUGGCCCAUGGCAUCAUUAUCAUCAUCAUCAUCAUCAUCAUGGACACUUCCCGUGGUAUCAUCACUUCCACCAUCAUCAUGGCGGUCAUCAUUCGUUGGAUCACAGAGGAUGGAAAUGGGAUUGAUGUGGCAUAAAAUUCAAGCUGUAUUAUUAACAACUAUUUUAUUUAAACCCAUACCAUUUUCUGAAAAGGAAAAUUGUUCUUG